UUUUCCCCAAGUGGAGAGUCUUUGGGGUUCUGUCCCGUCGGCUCUCUAGGCUUCCACCUCCUCCUCCUCUCUCUCUCUCUCUCUGUGCAAAACCAGGGUCUCUCAUCCACAGGCUUCUUCUGCGAGCCCUCACGUGCUCUUCUGUUACCUCAAUUAGGGUUUUUCAUUACCUUGAGCUACAAAAUCCAUCGAUCGGUCUCCGUUAACCCCUCAAGCUGAGCCUCUCGCUGUCGGUGCUCAGAGCUUCUUCAUCUGGAUUUUUUAAAUGUGAGAAUUCCUUGGACAGCAGGAUGAGUGACAACGUUUUUGACGGACAUAUAUUAGCUGAGAAAUUAUCUAAACUCAACAGUUCGCAGCAAAGUAUAGAAUCAUUAUCCCGUUGGUGCAUUUCUCAUAGAAAAAGAGCUAGACAGAUUGUUGAAACAUGGGACAAAGCAUCCAGUGCUGCUCAGCGAGAACAGCGAAUUUCUUUCCUAUAUUUGGCCAAUGACAUUCUGCAAAAUAGUAGGCGAAAGGGCAGUGAGUUUGUGAAUGAAUUUUGGAAAGUCCUUCCUGCGGCUCUCAAGAAUGUUUAUGAAAGUGAUGAUGAUCAUGGAAAGAAAGCAGCCUGUAGACUGGUGGAUAUAUGGGAAGAGAGGAAAGUUUUUGGAUCUCGGGGUCAGAAUCUUAAAGAUGAAAUCUUGGAAAUUGGCUGUUGGAGCUAUGCCCGAAAAAAUUGUAACUGCAUUUCAGUCAGUGCAUGAUGAAAAUGUCACCGAAGAAGCUGCUUUGAACAAGUGUAAAGCUGCUGCUAGUCUAGUGGGGAAAAUGGAGAAAGAUGUAGAAAGCACUUCUGCUCAUGGAGAUCAACAAGGAUCCAUAUUGGUGGAUGAGAUACAGGAGCAAGAAAAUGUACUUAAGGAAUGCGUUAGGCAACUUGAAAAUGCUGAAGCAACUAGGUCUGCCUUGGUUUCUCAGCUUAAAGAAGCAGUUCAGGAGCAGGAAUUGAAGCUGGAACUCAUUUGCACACAAUUGCAAGUUGCCCGAGGUCAGAUUGAGCAAAUGAGCAAUAUGAAGCAGAGGCUGACAUCACCACCCGUUCCUGCUUCCUUCAACAUGACUAAGCAACAGAUAGAAUCCAGUAUAAAGGUUGAACCCAUUUUACCUUUAGUUCAUCCAUCCAGCUCACCAUUGGCACCACCUGUGAUGUCUUUUGCAGCUCAGUGGACAAGCGAAGAAGAGAACAAGAAGGCAACAGCAGCUGCUGUAGCUGCUAAGCUUACUGCUUCUACAUCCUCUGCACAGAUGCUUACAUCUGUUCUCUCAUCUCUUGUAGCCGAGGAGGCUGCCUCUGUGAGUGGCGGUCUAAAAUCAGCUGGAUUCAUCUCUAAUUUACCCAUGUUCUCUCCAGAGAAACGGAUGAAGUUAGACAAACCAAUGUCUUCUGCAGAUGCUAAUAAUUCUGAAAUUGGUAAUACGAGCUAUUUUACUUCUCUUCAACAGCAGCCGAUGGGUACUAUGCCACUUGUCCCACCCACAAGUAUCCAACCCAUGAACCCGAUGCAAUCUCCAUUUCCACCCCCACCUCCUCCUCCGGUACCUCCUGCAAAUUCACCGGCAAAUCAAUUUGUUCAAUCUGCCGGUAUGAUGAUGGGUAUUAUGCCUUACGGAUAUGGAGGUAAUAGCUUGCCACCUCCACCACCACUGCCUUCGCAUAUUGCAAUGGGAUUAGCAAGACCGGCCCCACAGCCACAGCAACCGCAACAGAUGCAGUCCCAGCAGCAGCAGCAGCAGUCUCCGCAGCCACCGACUAAUGGAGGGUAUUACAGGCCUCCGGGUAUUGGAUUUUAUGGGCAAAGUCAUCAGCCAACAACACAGCCGGUUCCUCGGCAGUGACUUUUCUGAAUGGUUGAGGAUAGAGAGGGUUUUUUCUCAGAAAGCCGUAUCAUUCUGUACAUUAGUAGAUGUCUGUAAUACAUAAACUAAGUCCUUUUCGUUUCCUAAGAUGUGUGUACUUUUUUCCGUAAGUUUCUCCUCCGUUCAAACACUUCUCUCCCCAAUACCCGCUUCUUGAAAUUGUCUUUGUAGCUAAAUUGUAAACUGUAUGUAAAAGUAUGGUUUUAGAGAUGCUUAUAGCGUACCAAUGCGUACUAUAAGCAAGAACUCCAGAGGGAGUUUUUUUAAUUUGUUUUUAAGUUUACAGACUAGCCAGAGACUGCUUUCUGGGAAAUAUUCUCAAUUGCUUCUAUAAACCUUAGAACCCUUGUCCAGUUAGUUUUUACCUUAGUACUCUUGGCUGUUAGUUUUAAUCUACCAUCUUAUGCAGACAUGAGGCUUUGCUUAUACUUUUAGCCAAAGUAAAAUAGGGGUAAAAUGCUUUAUUGAUCAGAUUUUCUGUAUAAGAUAGUUGUGAUUGUGUUGAGGGCA